AUGGAUUCGUUGCUUGUUGAUAAGCCGCUGAAUUUGCCGGAUUUCCUUCUCGAAGCAAGGUCCAUCCUCAAACAGCCUGCCCCUGUGGUCGCUAGCCCUGGACGACUUAUCCGGUUUAUUCUGUUCACAACUAUGGUGACCAGGAACGAAUGCUUCUUUGUCAGAGGGGAAAACUUACUGGUUACCUUGGCAUUCAACUUAUCGACAUACGCUUCCUUCGCUGGUAACGCUGAUGGCCUAAUUGCCAAAUUGAAGUCUUUCAUCGAUUCCGAAUCUGUGGAAGUUGCAGCGGGCAACCAGGCAGAAUUUAUGGGCAUCUUGCCUUUAUCAGGUCCUACCGUGGGGUUGAUAGUCAGCUUGUCCAAGCCUUUUGCAACCGACGCGGACGAUCCGGUGGGGGCAUCGAUAUUUGGCAGCUUGUUUAGCGCGUAG